AUGAAGAGUAUAAUAAAUAAUGUAGUUGUGAAAAAUUUUAAAAGUGGUAAUAAUUUAAAAUAUAGAAGAUUAAUUUCGGGAAAAUGUGAAGUCAAAAAUAUAUAUAAUAGUAAAAAUAUAAUACUUAAUAGGGUGUAUUGUUUCGAAAGUAGUGACAGAAAAGUACUUGGAUGCAUAUACUCAUCCUUAAAUAAAAAAAAUUAUUCCAGCUUUAUGAAGAAUGUUAUAGAACAGGUUAAGAAAGACAUGAAAGAAAACAAAAAGUACCAAGAGGCUUUAAAGGAAUUGAAGGAUAAAAUAGAAAUAGAAGAUAAGGCAAUAAAAUUAAAAAGACGAAUUGAAGAAAACACAAAUUUUUUUAAAACAGUAAAAGAAAAAAACGCAGAGGCGAUAAAAAUAAUAUGCAAUGAUAUCAACAAUUUUGUUUCAUAUUGUUUUGAAAAUUAUUACGCAUUAAAAUAUAGUAAAUACAUAACUGUUAAAUUAUUCUUAACCUUAAAAGAAUUACUAAUAAAUACAACAAAUAAAUUGAUUGAGUUGAGUGAAAAGUGGAAUGACAACAAUGCAUUCGUUCAUUUAGACAAAUGGCGGCAAGAAAUGGCAAUAAAAAGGUUUAAAAAAAAAAAUGCCCAGAUUAAUGAAAAAAAGGGGUAUAAAAAUGUGAGUAGUAAAAAUGUGAGUGGCAAAAAUAUGAGUGGCAAAAAUAUGAGUGGCAAAAAUGUGAGUGCUAAAAAUGUAAGUAAAAAUUUUGAAGAAAACGAAAAAGAAAACAGUAUUAAUUAUAAUGACAGUGACAGUGUUAACAACGCGAAUGAACAGUCAGUCGAUAAAAAUAAAAAUUGUGAAAAUAAAGAAGGUAGCGAAUUAAUUUUAACCUAUGAGUCUGCAUGGGAUAAAUUUGGAAGUAAAUUGAAAGAUAUGCCAUUUUUAAAUAAUUUUUUUGAAAACCCUAUUUUAGGAAAAUUAUUUGGGGAAACUGAAUUAGCUGCUGCUCUAAGAGAAAUGAAAAUGCAUGAUAAAAAUUUUAAAUUAUCAGAACUGAUGUAUUUAUUUGAAUAUGUUAUAUCAAAACAUAUUGUCGAAUCUUAUUUAAUUGGAGAUGAAGAAACACUCCGAUUACACUGUGGCCCAUCGGCAUUUAAUUCCUUAAAUGCAAGUAUUAAUGAAAGAAAAAAAAAAAAAGUCUUCCUAGACACUAAUGUUUUAAUAUACAAAAAUCAUGAACUUAAAGGAGCUCAAAGAAUGGAAGAAAGUACUCCUUGGUUCAUUUUUACGUUCCACACACAACAAAUUAAUUGCUUAAAAAAUAAAAAUGAUGAAAUUAUUGAAGGAAAAAUUGAUGACAUUAGAGAAGUUGUUUAUACCAUAGCCCUAUCUAAACACCCCGAACCCGAAAAAGAGGGAUUACUGUACCCUUACAUAGUAAGGGAGUUUGCAAUUAUUGGCAAUACCCCCUCCUGGUAA